UCUAUUGGUUUUCUCUAAACCAUCUGUCUGCAGUGAGUAGUCUGCGCAGUACUCGUUUGCGCAGGCCUACCGAAAAAUAGCAGCGCAGUGCACCAUGGGACUUCCUUUCUCUCCGAGGCCAUAUUGGAGUUAACUCACAGUUGGCCGGUCAGGACUAAACCGCAAAAAUGGUGGCCGCAAAGAAAACGAAAAAGUCCAUGGAGUCCAUCAACUCCCGUCUCCAGCUGGUGAUGAAGAGUGGAAAAUACGUCCUGGGCUACAAACAGUCCCAGAAGAUGAUCCGUCAGGGAAAAGCUAAGCUGGUUAUCCUGGCCAACAACUGCCCUGCUCUUAGGAAAUCUGAGAUUGAGUACUAUGCUAUGCUGGCCAAGACUGGUGUCCACCACUACAGCGGAAACAACAUUGAGCUUGGCACAGCCUGCGGAAAGUACUUCAGGGUGUGCACACUGGCGAUCAUUGACCCUGGCGAUUCUGACAUCAUCAGGAGCAUGCCAGACCAGCAGCAGCCACCUCAGUAGAGCUGUUCCCCCACCCCGUUGUUAUAAAUAAAGUCGGUGUUAACAGUA